GCCACCACCAUGACGGACUUCCAGAUCCGGAUGUAUCGGGAUGAGGACCAGGAGGCGGCGAUGGAGACUUUCACAGUGGCCAUGAGUGAGCACGUUCCUGCCGCCUUCCUGCACAUGCUCAGACAGCCCCUCACCCAGGGCGCCCUCGCUUGUGUCUUCCUGACCGUCCUGGCUGUCACGGGGUCCCUGCUCCCACCCGUGCUCACUCUGGCCCUGGCUCUGGCCGCGUGCCGGUGGUUCGUGGGCCAUCUGUUCUCCCGCUACAUCGAUGUCUGCCGCCGGGGCGACCUGGGCUGCAUCCGGGAGGUCUACAUGGAGAGGGCAGACGCCUGCUUCUGGGUGGCAGAGAGCAGGGGCCGAGUGGUGGGCACGGUGGCCUGCCUGCCCUCCCGGCAGCGCCCGGGGAGCCUGGAGCUGAAACGCAUGUCUGUGCAGAGGAACCACCGGGGGCGGGGCGUGGCCCGGGAGCUCUGCCGGACAGUGGUGGAGUUCGCCCGCGGGAGGGGCUACCGCGAGGUCCUGCUCUACACCUCGGUGGUCCAGGCUGACGCCCGGAGGCUGUACGAGAGGGCGGGCUACAGAAGGGCUGGCGAGGCCGUGGUCCCGGAGAUCCCAGCCAAGCUCAUGAACUUCACCCUCAUUGAGUACAGAUACCAGCUCCCCGAUGGGGACGGGUGAGGGCUACCGAAUCUGGAGAGAGAAGACCAGUCACUGGCCAGUUUUAAUAAUGCAUAAAGACGUUAAGA